AUGGAGACAAACGGAGGUGAAGAGGAGUUCAUAACAAUAGUACCGGUAGGCGAAAAUAAGCCUCCAGUUUUGGACCCCAGCUUCGUAACUGUGCUCACGGUUAGUGCAGCAAGCGGCGCUUCCGAAGUCAUCGUCAAAAGGCCUCGCGGGGCCCGACUCGGACUAGGCCUUAAAUUCGAGGGCGGUUCUGCUGCUGCCGAAAAAGUUAGACGGCUACUUGUCCAGUCAUGCGCAGAUGAUAGCCCAGCUGCAAAUGCUGCGGCCCCUUGGGGUAAACUUAUACCUGGCGAUGAAAUCCUAGCUAUAGACGGCGUCUCGGUUUUAGAGCUAACAAGAAUCGACUGCGUCCGUCGAUUAAAGGACUCCGAUGAGAAAUUAACUUUAUUAGUGCGCCAUUUUGAGCCAGACAAUAAGAUGGAUUUAAAUAUUAUAAAUGAAAAGGAAGCGCCAAUAACGACGGCACUUGUGAACGAAAUUGCAAGGCCAACUACUCUACCACCUCCAGUACCUCCGCGAAAAUUAGGAAAGAAAAACUCUUUUAAGGAUAAAAGCACUCUUCAAACGGUCGGUGAGCAGAACACACUCAAUGAUAUAGACAAGCAGACUAAAAGCGAUAGUUCAUCAAACACUCAAAACUUGAAUAGUCCAGCUGUUUCCAAACUAUCCCGCAAGUCCUCUUUCGAUAGUCAUUUAUUUAGACAAAAUAAAGAAAGUAUUGCUUGCUUGAAGAAAGGUUCUCCGGAAGAAGUCCGUCGCUUGGUUCGACGGCUAUCGGAUGGCAAGGCGAUCCCACCAGAAGCAGAAGUCUAUAUUGAUCUGCUGUCAAAUGAAUGGGAGCGAUGUCUCGCCUUAGCUGACGCUGAAUCUGAUGAUACUGGCAGUUCAAUAUCAACAGUUAUUGAUAGAUUAGGUUCGAUGGCAAACUCUGUAGAAAAUAGCAUUCCUUCAACACCUGUUAUGCAACCUAAAACAAUAGACAUACAAAAAGUUUUAAAUAGCAUUGAGAAUAUCGACAAUAACAUCUUAAAAGACUUGACCAACAAAACAAUAAAAGAACAUAAGAUGGAUAUAAAUGAAGCUUGUAAAGACUUAGAAAAAUCAUCAACGACAAACGCGUUAAAAGGUAGAAAUUGUGGAGCCGGGUUACUUACCUCAGACGAACAGCUCAAUAACAAUGUAAAUGGCAGCAAAUUAUUACAAAGUGACAAAAACAACAAUAAUACGGUGAAAGAAAAUGUGGAAAUAAAACCGAAAACCAAGGAAGAAAGUAAAGAAGACAAACGGAUAAUCCAGGAUAAACCUAAGCCUAUGCCAAGAAAUACUAAAGUCGAGCGUUCAGCCAGUGAAAAAAAACGCAGACCACUUCUCAUUCCAGAACCACCUGCACCGUCCGUUGAUCAGUUGCUAACACCUACAAAGAAAACGUGUAUUGAAACAUGGCUACAAAGGUCUGAAGCCGAAAUGAAUAAUAAAAAUGGCGAAAAAAUAGAGGAAACGGCCGCGCCCGAAAUACUUCCACGUUUAAUUGAUUUCGUGCCGAAAACCCAAUUUGUCGAGACCACGAAUGAAAGUUUACCGCGACCCACUUCAGCACCUCCACCGCCACCUGUAGACACCAGAGAGGAUGGCUCAGGGGCGUCACUAGACACUAUAGGGGAGCUCGACGAGUCAUCUGAUGUAACUGAUAAUGCGUGA